AUGGCGACUCCCUCCCCACCCAGUUCCCAGGAAUUUCUCCCCGAACCCGUUACGCCUCAUCGUUCAUCGCGGAACGUAGUCGUAGCGGCCACACCGACCACUCGGGACGAAACUGGCGCUCAGCAAUGGGGUUUCGAGUCGAAGCUUGCCAAUGACAGAUACGAACGAUAUUCCCAGGAAGCAGAGGAAUUUACUGUAGGCCCCAUGCCUAUAGAGGACUUUCUGAAUUUCCUGCCAGAGGCACCCACAAAACGGCCGAGUGCUAGGAACGCAUUCAGUGAUGUUCCAGAAUGCGCAGACAAGGAAAAGGACAUCUAUACACCUCUGAUUGCGGCGCUGAAUGCCGAACGGAAUGGCCGGAAACGCUGUCCUGGGUUUGUUUUCCUGGAUACCUCGUCACGAGGCACCAAUCAUGGAAAACCUGGGUCGGUGAAGCCUGAUGUGGUUUGUUAUUCCACGGAGAUCGUCGACUCGGUUGAGACUAACAAGACGACUCACGAGCCCAUCGGCGAUCUUAGUUUCGCGGAUUUGUAUAUCGAGGUGAAGGGACGGCCGGAACAGGAUUAUUUUACAGAUCCACCACCCAACAGCGAUCCCGCUGCACACAAGUUCGUGCUGAACAUUGCUAGUGAAAGAAAGCUCGAUCGGGCCAAGCACGAUCUCGGACAGAACAUCGCAUACGCAGUUGACGCGUUUGCGCGCCAGUUCCGCACGUCGUACUUUUCGGUGUCAUUAUCCGGGACAUUAGCUCGUCUCAUCCGGUGGGACCGUGGGGGCAUAAUGGUAUCGGAAUCGUUUGAUUUGCACAAGAAACCACAGGCACUCUGUGAGUUCUUGUGGCGAUAUGCGCAUGCGUCAGGAGCGGAACGCGGAUACGACUGUACCGUCGAACAUGCGACCGAAGAGGAGGAAGCAUUGUUUGAGAAGUGCAUCACGGGCCAUGUUCAAUUACAGCUGGACCUCGAGGAUAUAGGCCAACUGGUUGGCAAGGAGAAAAAAGCUGCGGAAAAGAAACUGGCCGCCGGAGUGGAGGAGCAUUUUCAGCCCGGCACCGUGGCUGCAGUCACCACGUUCGACGAGAAUUCAAACAAGCAUCGAGUGCUCGUAUCUCGGCCUAUAGUUUGGCCUCUCUCCCUGGCCAGUCGUGCUACUCGCGAGUACUGGGCGGUGGCCGCGGAUGGAGACUGUGGCAAAGUUGUGUACUUGAAAGAUACGUGGCGGUAUACUGGGGAUGGCCUGCUGAAAGAGGGAGAUGUCUUGGCAGACCUGCUAGGCGGUGGAGUACCACACAUUCCACAAUUGGUCCAUCACGGAGACGUUCCGCAGUGCCCCGACUCGAAUGACAUGGACGUGGAUGACGAACGAGGUGAACAGACAGGUUUUCAGCGCACUCUGACUCCCAGAUUCGAAACAGCAAACUGGGCGUGCAAGAAUGGGCAAGCUAAGCUUCGCACAUAUCCUCAGGUACAUUAUCGGCUAGUAUUAGGCACCGUGGGCUACGGACUGCAUAAAUUUCGGGGGACAAAGGAGCUCCUUAGUGGGACCUACGAUGCAUAUCAAGCUGUGAUAGGUGCCUACUAUAUGGAUGACGAAACAAAGCGCAGGCUUCAUCGUGACGUAAGUAUGGGCAGUAUUAUCCUCGCCAAGGAUUCGACGGGUCAGAUUCGGCAGGGGUACCUCAUACAUUGGGAACUGUCCUGUCUGGUGAACAAUAAAGGCCGGCCUCGCGAUUACAGAAGAACGGGCGCCUUUCAAUUUAUCUCACAACGCACGCUGACACCUGGUGUGGCACAUACGAUUCAAGAUGACAUGGAGUCGAUGCUCUGGGUCGUACUCUAUUGCAGCAUCCUAUGGCUGGGGCACAAUCGGUCGCCACGUAGUGUUCUCCUCACCUUGGAAAGCCUUUUCGACCAGCAUUUGUCUGACGAAGAUGGCAGCAUCAGCGGUGGCGCUGGCAAGCUGGUCAAUCAACAUGAUCAACGGUACACCGACAGAAUUCGCUUUUCGAACCCGACAAUCCAGAGAUGGCUGGAUACGGUCAUGAAGUUCAAUUCAUCCUACCUCAAUGCCCAGCAGCACAAUGUGGAGUCAGCCAUGGUUUGGGAGGAUCCUAAAGCGUUCGACAAGUUCUGGAAGGAUUUCAUAGCUAACAACGACUUGGCUGAAGACGAUAGGGUUGAUCGGCCGCUACCUCCUAAUCAAGUGCCUCGUAAUGGUCAACCUAACCCCCCGCCACUCCCUGCCACUAGAACAAUGACUGCGCUUUUCAGGGAUGUCACACUUAAAAGCCUAAUCACUCCUGGAAUGAAGCGAAAGGCGGAAGGUGACCCCGUCGGCGCUGAGCGGCAAGGUUCGAAACGCGGCUGUGUCUCAGGACCAAGUGGACCUAUGACGCGAGCAAAAGGAAGGGCAGAAGCGCAAUCCAUGCGUACCGAAUUGCAAGUUGUGAAGGGCAGUUCUUUUCCUGCAUUCCGUGGACCUGUGGCACAAGCUAGAGCAAGCAAAAAGGCUGGCAAUUCACGACAGCGACGUGCAGACAAGUAG